UAACAUUAAAAAAUUAAUUAAUGAAGCAAUCCUUUUAAAUCAAAUCAGACAUGUAUUUAUUAUUAUUUAUACUUUUAAGAUAGCUCUGCUUUAAAAUAGUAUUUUUAGGAUCUAGUUCGGUAGGGAAGACUUCCAUAAUAAAAAGAUUUCUAAAAAACGAAUUUGCUAUGAAAUCAAUGAGUACUGUAGGAGUAGCAUGUGUAUUUAAUAUUUGUAUAGAUAAGGAAUCUAAAGUUAUUACUUUAAACAAACAAUAAGUAAAAGUAUAAUUGUGGGAUACUGCUGGAUAAGAGAGAUUUCGAUCAUUAACUAAGAAUUAUUAUAGAGGUUGUGAUGCAGUAGUAAUUGUUUAUGAUGUUUCUAAUAUGAAAAGUUUUGAGUAAGUAAAUAUUUGGAUUUCUGAUUUUGAAGAGUACAUAAAUUUAUAUAUACAUUAUAGAAAGUGUGAGAGACCAGCCAUAAAGAUGUUAUUAGGAAAUAAAAUAGAUCUGAAUGCGGAAGUUGGAAAUGAAUUAGGUAUGCUUUGUGCAAGGAAAUAGAAAUUAUUAUUCCAGGAAGUAUCUGCUAAAGAGAAUAUGAAUAUUGAAAAUGCAAUGAUGAAACUAAUUGAAAAUUUGAUUCAAGCUAGACAAAUAGAUUCUGGUGAUAAGAUAGUCAGAAGAGGAUCACUUGUUGAAUGUAUGUUGACAAAUGGAGAUACACACAAACCUUAAGAUAAAGAUAUCUCUAUGUCUGAUACAUCUAAAUUAAUAGCUUUUAAAUCUGUAGGUGAAAGUAUAUAAGAGGAAUCUUCACAUAAUUCUGCUCCUUUCAUUUAAUAGAAUAAUCCUCCAACUAUUAUUGUUACACCACCUGAAGAUCCUGCUAUCAAUGGAGGAUCUAAUAAUAUGUGGUUGUUAACUAAUAAUAGAUAAUAAAUUAUGAAUGAGAACCCUAAGUAUAUUAGUACUUUAGCAUUACCUUUUAAAUUAAUAUCUCCCAAUGAAUCUGAUUAAAUUAAGGAUGAGUAAUUGUUAAAAUAUAAUGCCAAUUAAGGAUGUUUCUGUUCAUGUUGA